CUCGCCCUCCCCUCGCCGCCUAAGCCUUCACUCCGCGAACCAGGUCCUCUCCCCACAGCAACACGGCUUCUCUUCCUCAGCUCAGCGACAGGGGCUUCCCCUUAGCCGCCGCCGCCGCCGGCCGAGCCCCGCCGCGCCUGCGGCCCGUGGCCGCCAUGCAGUUUAUGUUGCUUUUUAGUCGUCAGGGAAAGCUUCGACUGCAGAAAUGGUAUGUCCCAUUAUCAGACAAAGAGAAGAAAAAGAUCACAAGAGAACUUGUUCAAACCGUUUUAGCACGGAAACCUAAAAUGUGCAGCUUUCUUGAGUGGCGAGAUCUGAAGAUUGUUUACAAAAGAUAUGCCAGUCUGUAUUUUUGCUGUGCUAUUGAGGAUCAGGACAAUGAACUAAUUACCCUGGAAAUAAUUCAUCGUUACGUGGAAUUACUUGACAAGUAUUUUGGCAGUGUGUGUGAACUUGAUAUCAUCUUUAAUUUUGAGAAGGCUUAUUUUAUUUUGGAUGAGUUUCUUUUGGGAGGAGAAGUUCAGGAAACAUCUAAGAAAAAUGUCCUUAAAGCAAUUGAGCAGGCUGAUCUACUGCAGGAGAAAACAGAACAUGUAUCAGCAAGAGUUUCGUUGGGUGUAAGAAAGCGUACUAGAAUAUGUGCUGGAGUACUUACGUGCAUCAAAAUGUAGUAGGAUAUAUAAAUUCCGUUUGUAAUUAUAAUUUUGUCAAGUUUGUUGUUUAUAGUUUAGCAUUACCUGAAAAGUUUAAUUACAUUAAAUCCCAAGGGAUAGUCCCAAUUAUUUCAUUUAACUGAUACUUUCAUAGGGAAUUUUGCUCUGAUAAUGAUCUAUCAUUGGGGCUUAUAAUUUAUUUUUUUUACACAGCGAAUAUUGAAAUAGGUUCAGAGUUCAUUGACCAAAAAACUAUUAAUACCAUUGAUACCGAAAUCGAAUUCCCUCAUGAAAAUGAAGCAUUUAGGGGUUCAGUUUAUUAUUAAUAUUAUUUUAGCUUGCUGCUUCAUUCCACAAUAUUCUGAGUGGGAGAAAAAAAGCAAUUAUAUCUUUAAACUGUUUAGGAAUUAUCUGAGGAUUAAAAUUUAACUGGCUUUUUUCCUCAAACACUUUUGUAUUUAAUGGUUAUUAUUUAAGUAUAAGGUAUCUGUUACAUAUUUUAUUGAAACAGUUUACAUGAGUUUGUAGCCUAACAUUUCAAAGUGCCAAGUUGAAUAAAUAUUAAGUUGAGGAUAUCUUAAAAGCACUCAAAUAAGCAGUUCUAAACUUUUUUGAGUCACAAGCCUUUUGGAGGGGUAUAAUCGCUUUGAGAAUCUGAUGGGCCGUGGGCCCUCUUCUCAGGAAAAUCUGUACCUAAUUUUGUCUCUAGUUUCAGGGAGUUUUUGGAGUCCCUAGACAUUAAUCUCUUCUGUGCACUCUAGGGUCAGUUUAAAACUUCACCUCAGGUUACCUUGUUGAUGUGAGAAACAUCCUUUUAGGUACAUUUAUAGAGAGAAGGCAUAGACAUUUAACAGAUCUAUUUGGAGAGUCCUUUAAAAUCUAUCUUGAGGAUUAUUUUAAAAGUAAUAUCCUUAGUCCCAAGGGCAUAUAGUCUUUGGAAUAUUUUUUUUAAGCUAAGUGAACCAUUGAAAACCUCUAUUGCUACCAAAUGGGUGACUACUUUUCUCCUUUUUUCUUGGGAAAGAUUUUCCUUUAGGAUCUGUAAAAGUUCAUGGUCAUUCUGGGAUGUAAUGAUUUUCAUUAAGGGAUUAAAUUCCUUUGCUUCGUGUGGUAAAAUCCUGAUGAACUUGAACACUGGCGGGAGGGAGUAUUCUAACUGGAUUUUGAGUUAACUCAGUAUUUACCAGAUGACUUACACUGAAAAAUCUUUUCAGAGUAUUUUUAGUAAAUACAGUGCUUUCAGAUUUUGUAGGACAUAUAGGUCAUCAUUUAGAUUAUCAUUAUAUACAGUAAAGUUAUAAAAGAUGAAUCUGAACUCCUGGGCAUUGUUUAGAAGUUAAAUAUUCAGCCAUGAACCAAAAUUCUAAAAACAAACCAAUUCUAAGUUUCAAUUAAGAUUUCUUUACUGUGCACUAAACAUUCUAGAAAUCUGAUUGUGUCUAUGUCAGUUUGUAUACUGUGUGUAAGAAUAUAUGCAUUUCUUUUGUAGCCACGUCAUGAAUAUUUUAAUGUCCCUGUGUACUAAAUGACUACUCAUCAUCGUGUAUGCAGAAUUUCACAGAGGAAAUAGAGAGCUGAUAUGCUCAUGAAAGAAAAUAUCCUGAGCUUGGUGACUGAUUAUCUUGUAUAAUAAUAAUAGAACAUUUCAGAACCAUUACCUUUAUAAUUGUAAUACUUUUCCUGUUUUCAUCCUCUUUUCUAUUUUAUUUUCAUUCUAUAUGUGAUCUUGAUAUAGCUUUUCCUGCUUGCAGCUGGUUUAAUUUCUUCUUGAAAAAAUAUGACCUAUGACCAUUUUGAGUAAUGUUUCAUCUUAAACACGUACAUGUCAUCAUUUAUGAACCAUCUGUGAUUAAUCGUGUAAGAGGAAUACCUAGCAAUUGUUAAAAUAUUUACCAAAGAAAAUAUAGCUGAAACGCUAGGGCAGAAUAAGCAAUGCCAUAAUAUAGUGUGGUUUGGUCUUCAAACGUUGGCGGGGGGCGGGGGGAGCUAUAUUUAGGGUGAUUAUAUUAUAGUCUAUAUGAGCAAACGUUUUCUAAUGUAUCACAUAAAAGUGUAUUUGGAAAUAAUACAAGAAAGUAAAAUCUGUACUAUUAUAUAAUAUUUAAGGUAAAACAUUCACAGUUUCUAAGAAAUUUAUAAUGCCACAAUUAUUGAAUCACAUUUGUGCUGUACAAUAUCAAACAGUCCGUUUAAGAACUAUCAGAAAGCUAUGUCAGAAAAGUCUCUUCUGCAAUAUCUAUUGUUCAAUAGUAAGUAAUCCUUUCAAAGUAUUAAUAUGGGCUUUAUUUUGUGUAGUUAAGAUUCUUAUAUUGCUUAAAUACUAAUAUUUUACUAGUUAUGGUUUUAUAAUUGUCUGCAUUUAGAUACUUAAUGAUUUGUUAAAUAUGGUUUUAUAUUUCUGAAUAUGAAAACCUUUAAUAUUGAUCAUUUUUGUGUAUACUUUUAAUAAAACAUGCAACAUAUAUUAUUAUAAAGGGGAAAUUACCAAAUAAUUCAUUAUGUCUAGAGAGUUUAAAGCCCGAGUUAAGUAACUUAUCAUUAAACAAUACAUUCAAAAGAUGCUCAAACUGAUUUACCAUUGAAAGAAGACCUGUGAAAAUGUGUAUAAGGCAGGUAUGCAGAUCAGUUGUUUCCAUUCUUACCAUUCUCACGGUACUACAUGACAUUUGAAGCACCUGGGUGGGCGGUCAAAUGAGAAAUUUAGCAUUAUACAUUGAUAGCAUUGGGAAACAUUGGUCUUCCGUUUCCAUUAUUUUCCUCUAUCCCUCCCCCAGCCCUGCAACAUGUCAUUCAUGUGGUUUUAAUGCUGCAUAAAUAUGCACUGUCUCAUGCCUGUUUGCUUUGGAUGCUGUGUGCCCACCUGUAACAAGAUGUUGCUUCUUUUGUUAUUUGUAUACAGCUGCUUGCUUUAAACUAGUAGAUUCUGAAAUACCUUUCCUUGCAUGUCUAAAAUAAAAGUAUUGCAUGUACUUUGUCUCAUGUGAAUGACUUUUUUCUUCUCCAUCCUUUUGAUAAAUAAUAUAUUUCAUAUUUUAAUUUUUCCAGGUAAUUAUUUUAAAUUGUCUUUUAAAAAUAACAAAAUUUACUAGUUUAACCAUUUUUAAGUGUACUGUUCAGUAGUGUUCAGUAUGUUCACAUUGUUGUGCAGCAGAUCUCCAGAAGUUUUUUAUCUUGCAAAACUGAAACUCUGUACCCAUUAUACACAACUAUUCCCCACUUCCCCUCCCCUCAGCCCUUGGUAACCAACCACCUUUCUACUUUCUGUUUCUAUGGAUAUUACUAAUUCAGAUAAUGGUUUUUCUAGGUAAUUUUGAGCUACAAUUUCAGUGUGAACAUGUGAAAAUUAAUUUUAUAUUAUAAAUACAACUGAUAAAAAAACUCGUAACGUACGGUUUGUAUAAGUCUCAAAGGAAGAAAAUGUGUAAAUGAUUCUUUGAAAUUAGGCCUUUCAGAAAGGACAGACACUUUAAAUAAUGCAUAUUUGAGAAGCAACGUGGUUCUCUUCAAGAAAUGCUAUAUAAGAUUGCAGGCAGUGAACACAUAGGGGAAGUCUGACCAGCUCCAGGGAAUAGGAUAGGGGGACAUUUUUACAUGGAUAAGCUAAGAAUGUUAACUAUAGAAUUCAAUGUAGGCACCCUUUAAUAAAUACAUUAAAGGUUAUAUGAUGUUUUAAAAAUUAUUUAACAUUAAAUGGAAAUGAUUCUUUUUAAAUAGUCCCCUUUAUUUAAUAUGUAUGUGAUUCAGAUGUCAGUCUUGCAGUGUAUUUAAUGUUUAAGGCUAAACAUUAUAAAUGAAAGAGAUUGGCUUACAUCAUUCUUGGGAGUGUUGCAUCACUUCCAUUAAACUUUCUUUUAAAGCUAUAUCAUGAAAACUCUGAGACAUACAAAUAGAAUAGUAUAAGGAACUGUCAUGUACACAUCACUCAGCUCCAACAACCAUCAACUCAAUGCUAGUUUCAUAAAUCACCACCCCACCCUGCCUUUUUUUUUCCACCCCGCCUUUUUUGCCUAUUUUACAGCAAGCCCUAGACAUCCUAUCAUUUCAUCUUUAAUACUUCACUAUGUAUCCCUAAGAGAUGAGUACCACACCCCCCAAAAUUAAUAGUAAUUCCUAAUAUCUUAUGCGUGGUUGGUUUUUUUUUCCUAAUUGUCUGAAAAAUGCAUUUUUAUAAUCGGUUUGUUAGAGCCAGAUUCCAAACAAGGCUCACAUUUUAUCUGGUCUCUUUAAGUCUCUCUUAAUCUUUAACAACUCCUCUGCUUUUACCCUCCUUUGCCUUUUUUGUUAAACUGAGUCCCCUAUGCUGUAGAAUUUCCUCCAUUCUGUAUCUGGCAGAUUAUAAUGGUGAUGUUUAACUUGUUUUCUUAUCCUCCAUGUAUACUUAGGUCUGUAGCCUGGUUAGGUUGAGGUUCAAUUUGGAGAGGGGGAGGGGGGCAAGAAUACUUCAUGAAAAAUAGUCUUUUUUCACCAAAGCUGACUUUUACUCAUUUUUCAUUAAUACACAAACAUACUAAAAGGUCAUCAUAUGAACUUUAUAUAGAGAGCUGGUUUAUAGUAAGGCUAAAUACCUUCAUUUAGAUUUCAGUUGAGUAAUGUAUCAGCUAACAUUUUUUGAGCACUUUCUGUGAAUCAGGCACUAAGCCUUAUCUCCCUUAAUCUCUACAUAUGAAGGUAAGUACUAUGAUCCUUGUUUUCAUAGUACAAGGAAUAAGGAAACAGACCAAAGAGUUUAAAUAAUUAAGAUUAUUUCAUGUAGUGCUUUACAUACAAUUAAAUCUAAUGUAUGGAUUUAUGGUUCAAUUAAUUUUUCUUUUGUUUUGUGCUGUACCACAAUUAGGAUGCAAAAGUAAGUUAUUUGGGUACAAAAAUUGUUUUCCUCUGUUAAAAUCUAGUAUGCCUUUUAAUUACAAACUUGUUGCUAGUAAUACCUGAAAUUUGACCUACUUGGUCCUUUUUUAUUUUGUGCCGUGCAAAAUUAGACACUUUGGGAAAACUUAAUUUUUUUCUAGUAUGCCUGCUUUGUUUAGUCUUCUUUUGACAUUUAAAAAUGAGUAUUGGUUGUUACAUAGAACAAAAGGCACUUUUGUCCCAGAUCCCAGAGCAUUCUUUCUGUAUGUUGCUUCCACUGAAACCAUUGGUUGCUCUGGGGAGGUCUGGGAAGGUGUUUCUGCAGCCUUGCUGCUGGGGACAUUUAAGUCCAAAACUGAGUAAAAACUCAGAGAAGAAUAAAUACAUAUGACUUGAAAAAAGAGCAGGGAAAACAAAAUAUGUGAAGAAUGGGGAGAACUCAGGGGGGUUUCCCUGGUCUUUAUUUAGGGGAGGUUUUGAAUUUUAACACUAAGGUAACUUACCUUUCCUGUAGAAAUGUCGGGUAGCUGUGGGUUUGCACUGCGUUUGCAGUGGGCUUGACUGCUUUUUGUGUUACAGCAAUGGAGCCCAGCACAAUUGGUAGGUAAUCAGUAGGUAUUUAAUGCAUGCUGAAAAUAUCCUCCUGUGGUCUCUGAUGUUUGGGGCACAAAUUGCUAAAUAAGCACUGGCUCUCCAUAGAAGUGCCCAUACUGCUGAACUGCUUGCCUUCAGCAUUCUCUGAAACUUGCACGCCCUUCCGUGUCAAUUUCACAUUCUCAAGCCUCCCCGGAUCUGCUUACCAGAGUCUCACAUUU